UGAUUUUCCCGCUUCUCAUCCGAGGAGGAAAGCCGAUGCCCCUGUACACGUGUACGUUGGCGUUCACGUUCUGUGUCUAUAAUGGCUACUUGCAGAGCAGAUAUUUGAGUCAGUAUGCGGUGUAUGCGGAUGACUGGGUCACUGAUCCCCGAUUUCUAGUAGGUUUCUGCUUAUGGUUAAUAGGCAUGCUGAUAAACAUCCAUUCCGACCAUAUCCUGAGGAAUCUCCGGAAACCAGGGGAGACUGGAUAUAAAAUACCAAGGGGAGGCUUAUUUGAAUACGUAACAGCAGCCAACUACUUUGGGGAGGUGGUCGAGUGGUGUGGCUACGCCCUGGCCAGCUGGUCCGUUCAAGGCGGGGCCUUCGCGGCCUUUACCUUCUGUAUUUUAGUCUCCCGAGCACAACAGCACCACCAAUUUGCUCUAGGAAUGUGUUCCUGGUAAGUGCGUCAGCUGCCUAACACCAAGCUAAUGAGACCGAAAUGCAGGCUGGAGUAGCGGGUUGCACGCCGGCUCGAGAAUCUGCAGCUCUGGGUCAUUCCCGCUGACCACUUCUCGGACUUUGGAGUCUCCUCUUUUGGCUGCAUACAGCUAAGCGAGCACAAGACCAGGAUUACGAGCCAUUUCUGAUGGCCUCCGUGGACUGAAACAUGUCACUGCCCCUGUACCACCCAUUCCAACCAUCAGUUCAAGGCCGGACGUGAUGUCGCCCCCUCCCCUGAUAAAGGCAGAACUGUCUCCAUGGUCCCGCUCACCCCGCUGGGUCAGCGAGGCCAGGGGGCACCCAGAGUGGUCCCAGCCCCGGGGAAAUGUCCAGGCUCUCACUGGGGUGCUGCGCAGCAGAGAGCUUGGGGGCAGAGAGAGGAGACACGGGGCCAGCUGAGGCCUGGACAAGAGGCCUCUGGCACCUGCAGCAUCCUGGCUCCCCGGGUGACUAGACUACAGGGCAGGGGGCUGUGUGCACUCAUGUAAAGGGUAAGGCGCUCUGUCCCCCACGGAGAGGACUUCUUGGAGGCCCGGGUGGGAGCAGGGAGCCCCUUGUGCCGAUCACCACAGGCACCAGCAGUCUCUGGUUUAAGAUGAUUUUUCUCCCUUCCAGGUAGAACUAGCAAGUGUUAAAGCACUUUUUUCUCAGUACCCUCAGUAUCCCAAAACAGUAUCUUGAAACAGAAUGUCUUACUCUAGAUGCCCUUGAGAGGUCCGCGGAGGUAAAUCAUAGGAAUAAAAUGGACCACAUACUGCCUGAUAUGUAAAAGAUAUCUCAGAAGGCUGAGAAUCUGUAAAAGAAAUCUAACAGAAGGCUACUAAAUCUCUGGGCCGCUCUGUGAAGCUCUGAUGGGACAUGUGGCGGAGGUCCCCUCCUGGCUGUGGCAGCAGUGCCUCAGUGGCCACCGCGUCUGUGGAGCCAGAAUCUGCAGGAGCAGGGGAGGAAGGAGGAGACUGUUCACUCUGAUCCGCUGACCUGCUAGGUGGGUGGCUGGGGGCACCAGAGCAUGUCCAGAGCAUGCGCGGCCCCAGAGCCCCCCAUGGGCUCCCCGACCCCUCUCCUGGCUGACCUUCCCAGCCACGGUCUCGCCCCUCUCGAGGUUUUAUGUAGGAGCCAUGUUCUCGGUGUUAGUGAUUUGUGGAGUCUUCGUUUGAUUUCAGAAUUACGCAGCCAACGUCUCCGAUGGAACUAUGCUUCAUUGUAACUGGGGACAAAACGGUUUUGAAGAGAAAUUUUGGUAUUCAAUGCACUUCGUUCCUUUUUCUGAGCCUUUUCCAAUUACUUGAGAACACGAAGCAAUAAAUAUUUUGGAUCUCCUCGGGAAAACUCAAAAGUCCAAGCAAGUCACGAUGGAUUUGGGCUGCUGUGCUCUGGAAGGUGCACGCGGCCGGGAGAAGGAUGCUAGUCUGAGAGCCGGAGAAGCUCGCUGUGAUGUUUUUCUCCUUUUGUGAACGGCCCGAGCGAAGGAAUGCUUGGGUUGACUCAGGCUUUGAUGUGUGGUUCAUGCUUUCAUCCGCCCGCACUGGGUGGACGAUUGAUAGGAACAAAUCUUCCAUCUUGUCUCUCCGCCCUCCCUCCAUUUCCUAAAAACUGCCACUUAGCAAAUUGUCAUCAAUUACUGUGUUAAUCAUA